AUGGCUUCUGAAGUCCAAAGCAAGCCAGUUCAAGAGACAUUUCACUUCAUCAACAGUCCAGAGCAUGCCAUCAAUGACGCACUGACUGGUCUAACGUAUCUCAAGCCGGAAUUGUCCUACAAUGCCGAGUACAAGGUCGUCUACAGGUCGGACCUGAGCUCUUUCAGCGAGGAUCAUGUAACGACCAUAGGAUUCGCAGGCGGUGGCCAUGAACCAAUGUUUGGAGGCUUUGUAGGGAACAACUAUCUCUCAGAAUAUGUCUCGGGUAACAUAUUCGCCUCUCCGACCGCUGCACAGAUAUUCGAAGCCAUCAAGAUGUGCCAGCCAGCUAGCGGUAAUAGCAAAGGCACAUUGGUCGUAUGUGGGAAUUACACUGGCGAUAUCUUGAAUGCUGGCCUAGCUAUCACAAGAGCUCAGACUGCUGGCUACAAAGUCUCCUUUGUACCCGUCGGCGACGAUGUUGCCGUGGGACGAAAGAAGGGCGGCAAAGUCGGUCGACGAGGUCUCAGUGGACAUUUGAUAGCGCUCAAAAGUGCAUGUGCUCUCGCCGAGAAAGGCGAAACUUUGGAAAGGGUUACAGAGGUGAUGGAAUACGUUGCAGCCAAUGUCGGUACCAUUGGAGCAGCGWUUGACAGAGUGGCGCUGCCCAACGCUACGUUGACAGACCUGCAGAGUCUACCUCCGGCAACGAUCGAGCUUGGUAUGGGAGCGCAUGGUGAGCCAGGUCUCCAGCAGAUCUCACCUAUACCGUCGCCCGAAGCUUUGGUCUCACAAAUGCUGGAUCUGCUACUCAACAUUGCCGACUCUGACAGAGCGUUCAUUCCAUUCUCUGCUUCAUCCAACCCUAGUGGAGACAACGAAGUCGUUGUUCUGUUGAACAGCCUGGGCAGCACUUCAGACGAGGUACUGGCACGCUUCGCAGAGCUAGCCAAAACUAAUUUGGAGAGUCGUGGUUUCGUUGUUAAGAGAUUGACACUUGGGCCUUUGGUGACGAGUCUGAAGAUGAGUGGGUUUGGAAUCACUGUUUGGAGACUACCACCACACUCUGGCGAAGCGAUGGAGAGGGAUUUGGCUCUUGAUCUUUGGGACUCUGCUGUUGAUGUUGUUGCGUGGAGGCAAUAG